AUGGAGACCUCCGCCGCCAAACGGCGCAAAUUGUCUCCACAGGCGUCUGUUCCUAUCGACAAUCAUGAAUCGACAACCCCCCAAGACGCGCCUCCAGAGCGACUGACGAGAGCUUCCUACGCGUCGCCAACAAAGUCAAGCCUGUCAAGGCACAAUCCCGACGUUUUGAAGAAAAGACAAGCCCCCGCGGCAAGAUUGAAAGCACCGCCGCCGGGGCCUGCGGAGAGCGCUAUUAACGAGCCGCCGCGUUCGCCAGUCAGGAAGAUCGGCGGUGCAAUGGCAUCGCGGCCGAGACGGUCGCCUAUCAAACCGACACCGCGACCUUUGCCGCCUCCGGGCCCCGAUGAUGACGAAGAGAUCUUGAAUCCUUUUCUCGGGCGCGUUCUGCGGCGAUCUCCUGCUGCCGCCGAACCAGAGGUUGUUCCAGAGCCUGAACUCCCCCCAACUCCUCAGCAUCCAGAUCCGGUAGUCAGUACGCCGCCGACAGGUAUCCACAGUACACCUUCAAGACGGCCAAGGCGAAGCAAAGCGUUGGCAGAGAAGAUUAGGAGUUCGCCAACCAAGCAGCAGCUGCCAGCCAAAGAGCCGCCUACUAAAGACGCGCCCACCAGGGAGGCGCCUACCAAACAGCUCCCUCCCAAUUCACGGGAAUUCCAGAACGGCGCUCACUCAAAUACCAUUGCCGCACCUCCACCCGCCAUCCAUGAAGAGCAGAGGGGCAGAGAUGGGCAAUCGCCACAUGUUAGCACCAUACGGGGCGUUGAACCCCUAGAUCCAGAUGCGGAGAAGAGGCGCCAACGCGACGCCUUGCUGGCGGAGAUCAAGCAACUGGAAUCGGACCUGGAUGUUAUGGCCCGGGAGAACGAACGGAUCCGUUUAUCCCACCCCGCCAAGAUUGAGGCUCCGGCGCCUAAAAACGGCAACGAGCUCGUAGGUAUCCUACGGCGACAUGUCACGACUUCAGAAAAGACCAGCCAGCCCCAACUCUCUCCGAGCUGGGUCCAGACGGCAUUGAACCCCAUCGCCUUCCUCCCAUUCAGCAAGCCAUCUUCAUCCCUCCCGACGUUGUUCCCAGAGGAUUCAACCAGCGCCGAACCCGACUCAGAGAUUAUAUCCCACCACCCCAUCCCGAUGAGCGCCGAGGAGGCGCUCCCCUAUCUCCAGGUCUUCACCCCGCUAUCCUUCACCUCGCACAUCUCCAUCCUCCCCACCGACGACGCCGACGACCCCUCGCUCCAGCGACACUCCAUAACCGCGACGUCGGCCUCGGCACCAGGUCUUCUCUCGGCGCGCAUCGAGAUGACAGUCGACACCCGCAGCCACGCGGUCGUCGACCUGGCGGUGCCGCGCCUCGACCCCCCCGCGGCGGCGGCCGAGCUGGCGUCCGUCGUCGAGAGGGUCGGCGCCGUCGCCCGGCAGCGGUCCGACUCCGACGACGUGGCCGGCGCCAGCGCCGCGGCCGGCAACGUCGCCGUGCUGGCGUGGGCCAUCGCCGAGUGGCUGCGCCUCGCGGUGCGGCGGGCCAAGGCGUGGAGGGCGCUGGAGCGCGAGCUCGGGACCGAGGAGGGCGUGGUGGAGAGCGUGGGGCGGAUGCGCGCCCGGAGGAGGGGGAGGAAGGGAGGCGGGGCGGCUGGGCCGGGGGGCGAGGAUGGGGAUGCGGAGGUUGGGGACGGCUACGUCGAUGACGGGAGCGUCGCGGAUGUUAUGGGGAGCCUCGUCGAUGCGUCGGAUCUGCUGCCGUACAUGGGACAGCGGUCGAUGGACUUCCGGGUGCCGGCGCUGGGCGGCGGCGGCGGCGGGGCGGAAACAGCCGACCUGAGGGUGCAGUGGCGGAUCGAGUUCGACUGGACGGGUGAGGGGAGGAGCCGCAUCGGGGUCCUGGUGGGCAUGCCUGGCAAAUGGCACCACGCGGAUGGCCGAGAUCGUCUUUCGGGCAUUCCUGCCUUGUUUGAUGAACUCUUGCAACAGAAUGACGAUCCCGUUGCUUCUGUGAGGACAAUUGUAGCGCUUUUGGCCGGAGGACAGGGGUCGUGA